CCAGAAAGCAAUCCUCGAGUCAUUCGAAAGUCUGGGGUAGCAUUGAUCUACAUAUUGCAUCAAACCAUGAUUGCCCAACUCAAAUUAUGCCACACGUAUCAGAUGCGUCUAUUUAGUCAGCAUGAUUUCGAGAGAAUAUAAAUCAGGAUCCCAGUCCCGACUAGCGUUUACCAGCACUGCAAACCUUCCACUACGACGUUCUCGUAUAGAACCCUUCAUAUCAGCCUUGACUUCCCCUUCACGAUGACGCCAGCCCAGACUCAAGAUACACCGGAGAAUACUCAAAAGAGUGCCGAUCUCUUGGAACAUCCCAAGGGCGAAUCAGUACUCACAGACAAAGACCGAAAGGCACUAAUCUUCACCGACAAACACAGUUCUCCAGAUGUCUACGUUAGCUCCAGCAAAGACACUCUGUGGCAUCCCUGGACAGGAACGCUGGAGCUCAAGCCUCUCCGCUUCGAGACAAGAUCUGGCAGCUUCGUCAUUGGUCUGCGAACGCCUGUCGACUGUUGGCUCGGUAAGCAUAGACACCGAGGCACAGUUACGGCUGUCACACUUUCUGGGAAUUGGAGAUACAAGGAGUACGACUGGGUCGCUGGACCCGGGGACUACGUCGUUGAGAACCCAGGAACUAUUCACACGCUUUUCAUGGGUGCUGGCGCAGAGGUGGUGUUUACCAUUACAGGAAGUCUUGAGUUCUUCAAUGACGAUGAUAGUCUGAGGGAGACCAUGGAUAUCUUUAGUUUUGCGGAGCUUUAUUACAAUCACUGUGAGGAGAAGGGUGUAAAGCCGAAUGAGAAAUUAUGGUACUAAGCAAUAUCGAGCUGGGUCUUGGGUUGAUAGCCUAUUACUUUGCAAUUCAGGUCAGAAGCCUUAUUUAGUAACAAACCAUGGUGCCAAUGAAAGAAACUUUGCUUGUAAGGCCAGACCCGUUGACUACAAAUUACCUGUACUCAGUGGUACUGAAUCUCGGGU